AUGAGCAGGAACAGGGGCCCAUACGGGAGCAAGGCUUCGUCGGUCAUGUUCCUUAUUCUCCUUGGCCUCCCUGCGCCUGCCCUCGUAGUUGCUGUCCCGGUCUUCUACAACCGGUGCGGGAAGGACCUGGUGACCAGUCUGCUGGUGACGGCGGUAAUGGCGCUGCUCACGGUGGGGAUGGUCAUGGUGCUGCUGUUGCGUGGCUACUGGCGGGCACGGGAUGGCGAUGAAGAGGCUCGCCAGGUCCAUCGCGCUUCUGCCGUCUGUGUGGCCGCCAUCGGCCUCGUCCUCUGGGUCGUCGCCGCUGUUUGGUCCGCUGCUGCUCUCUUCGACUUUACCGACGCCUGCCGUGAUCGCGCCCCGGGUCUGUACUGGACAGGCUUGGUGUGGUUCCUCUGGACCAUUGGCUUCACCGUGGUCAUGGGUCUCUUUGGCUGCGCCGCAAAGCUGGCAAACUCGCUCAUCCUCCACUCGGCCGCAGUCACUGACGACGCCGCCGACGACGACCCGUGGCUCGAGGCCUCGGCCUCGUACCACGGCGCGCCGUCACACCUUGCCAUUGUCCCGGGCACCUCCCACUCGCCCAUGAAGGUCACCUUUCGCACAGACGGCGUCAUAUCCUCCACCGCCACCGCUCAUCGCGCCGUCAACAGAGCCGCCGCCACCAGUAGUGCUACCUCCCGCGCCAAGUCCUCGAACGGCUUGGACGCCCGCCACGGUAGUAGCUCUAGUCCUGGCACUGGCACCAAGUCCCGUGCUGACACUGUCGCCGGCACGAGCUCCCGUUCGCGAUCGCCUUCAGCUGCCUCGCGCUCCUCUGCCUGUGCUUCCGACUCGGACAAGCAAGUCGAGGACUUGCGCGCCUCGCGCGCCAUCGACGACGACGAUCUUAUAUCUAAUAGUGUCUCCGACCAUCACCGCGGCUCGAUCCACUCUGCCGCCUCCUCCUCCUCCUCGCUUGUCUCUUCAUCGUGCCGUACCUACUCGCGCCCGCGGCCAUUGCAGGGCGUGGAGGACCUGACGCUCCUGUCCAAGAUCAACGAAGGAGCCAUUGUGGACAACUUGCGCAAGCGGUACAUGAACGACCAAAUCUUCACCUACUGCGGCAACGUGUGCGUCUCGGUCAAUCCGUUCACACCGGUGGCGUGCUGUGACACCAAGCUCAUUGUGGAGUAUCAGGGCAAGAACCGGCUGGAAAUGCCGCCGAACAUCUUCUCGCUGGCUGACGACACGUACUCGACCAUGCUUAACGAAGCCCAGGACCAGUGCGUCAUCAUCUCGGGCGAGUCGGGUGCUGGCAAGACUGAGGCUGCCAAGCUGAUCAUGAAGUACAUUGCCGAGGUCUCGGGCUCAUCGUCGGGCGUGGAGCGGGUUAAGAACAUCAUUCUCGAGUCGAACCCGCUGCUGGAGGCGUUUGGUAACGCCAAAACCGUCCGCAACAACAACUCGUCGCGGUUCGGCAAGUACUUUGAGAUCCAGUUCAACAUGAUGGGCGAUCCCGACGGCGGGCGGAUUACCAACUACCUGCUGGAAAAGUCGCGGGUGACGUUCCAGAACGAGGGCGAGCGCAACUUUCACGUCUUCUACCAGGUCCUUGCCGGCGCGACGCAGGAGGAGCGGGACUACUACUCGUUCUGGUCGCCUGAGAACUACAACAUUCUCUCGGCGUCGGGCUGCUACACCGUCGAUGGCAUGAACGACGUCCAGGAGUACCGCGACAUGCGGCAUGCCAUGGACGUCAUCGGCAUCGACCACUCGACGCAGCAGGCCAUCCUGCAGAUCAUCUCGGCCAUUCUGCACAUGGGCAACCUCUCGUUCUACGAGGAAGGCAACUCGGCCAAGUUCGCCGACCCGCAGUCGGUCGCGCUCGCGGCGCAGAUGCUCGAGGUCGAUCCGACGUUUUUCGAGACCAAGCUGACGACGCGGGUGAUGCAGACCGGGUUUGGCGGCCGCGGUUCAGUGUACAACGUGCCGCUCAACGCCGACCAGGCGACGUACGCCCGCAACGCGCUCUCGCAGCAGCUCUACUCGCGCCUCUUCGACUACCUUGUGCAGGCCGUCAACGCCGCCAUGGUCAAGGAGCAGGACUCGCUGGUCAUCGGUGUUCUCGACAUCUACGGCUUUGAGAUCUUCCGCAAGAACGGCUUUGAGCAGUUUUGCAUCAACUACGUCAACGAGAAGCUCCAGCAGAUUUUUAUCGAGCUGACUCUCAAGCGCGAGCAGGAGGAGUACGACUUUGAAGGCAUCCAGUGGACGCCCAUCUCGUACUUUAACAACAAGGUGGUGUGCGACCUCAUCGAGGGCCGCCGCCCGCCGGGCAUCUUUGUCAUCCUUGACGACAUUUGCGCCACCAUCCACGGCCAGUCGGACGGCGUCGACGACAAGUUUGUGCAGAAGCUCGACGGCCUCGUCUCGUCGCAUGAGCACUACGUCUCGCGCUAUCCGGCCUUCCUCAUCCGUCACUACGCUGGCGACGUGACGUACCACCCGGAUGGCUUCACCGACCGCAACAAGGACGCCAUCUCCAAGGAGCUGUUGGAGAUUGUCAAGUCGUCCGGCAACGGCUUCAUCCCGACCCUCUUCCCUGAGCCCAUCCCGGACCCGUCCGAGCGUAAGAAGAAGACCAAGACAGCCGGUAAGCGCAUUGUCGCUUCGGCCGGCGAGCUCGUUGAGAAGCUCAUGUCGUGUACUCCGCACUACAUUCGGUGCAUCAAGCCGAACGAGACCAAGAAGCCGCGUGACUUUGACAAGGAGCGCGUCCUUCAUCAGGUCCGCUACCUUGGCCUCCUGGAGAACGUCCGCAUUCGCCGCGCAGGCUUUGCCUACCGCCAGACCUUUGACCGCUUCCUCUACCGCUUUGCCAUCCUCUCCGAGCGGACCUGGCCGGCGUGGUCCGGCGACGACCGGACCGGCUGCGAAGCCAUCCUCACCGACGCCCGCGUCGACCGCAACGAGUGGCAGCUCGGCCGGACCAAGGCCUUUAUUCGCUCGCCCGAGACUCUGUUUGCGCUGGAGGAGCAGCGCGACCGCAAGUUCUACGAUUGCGCCAUUGUCAUCCAGCGCGCCUACCGCCGCUUCAAGUCGCUCAAGUACUUUUCGGACCUCCGCCAGUCGCAGAUCCAGCUGUAUUCGGCCCAGAAGGAGCGCCGCCGCAACUCGAUCGAGCGCGAGUUCCUCGGCGACUACCUCGGCUACAACGACAACCCGCUGCUGCAGCAGGUGGUCAAGGCCAAUGGGUCCAAGGACGAGCGCAUGAUCUUCUGCGACCACUGCGACAAGUUUGACCGCCGCUUCAAGGUCGAGAAGCGCGACAUUAUCGUCACCGAUGCCGCCCUCUACAUCCUCGCCAUUUUGCAGAUCAAGAAGGGCCCGCGCAAGGGCGAGUGGGUCUACGCCCUCAAGCGCCGCAUCCCGCUCAACCAGAUCCAGGCCGUUGUCAUGUCCAAGCUCGCCGACAACUUUGUCGCCAUUCUCCAGACAGGCUCGCACGGUAACCUCAUCCAGCUCAACAAGAAGACCGAGUUCCUCUGCUCGCUCAAUCUCAAGAUGCAGGACGCCGGGCUUCGCCUCAAUGUCCAGUUCAACAACGUCAUUUCCUACCCGCUCAAGGACGGCAAGGGCUCGCGCUCGGCUGUCUUUGACAACGCUGCUACCGGGCCGGCCGUCUCGUUCAAAAAGUCCGGCAAGAAGCUGGUUGUCCACGUCCCGCGCGGCGAGGACCCGUCGUCUGGCCCACAGCCGUCGUACGUCGCCCCCGACCCGUCGCAGCGGCGCCAAUACGGCGACGGCUCCGGCUCGUUCCGCCCCGGCGCUGGUCGCGCCACCGUUGAUCCGCGCAAGGCCUUCCAGGAGCGCAACCGCGGCGGCGGCGGCGGAGGCGCCGGUCCUAGCGGUGCCGCGCCGAGUCGUGGCGGUGCCGUGGCGGCGGGAGCCGUGGCGGCGGGAGCCGUGGCGGCGGACGCCGGUGGCGGUCGUGGCGGCGGACGCGGUGGCGGUCGUGGACGCGGUGGUGGCCGUGGCGGCGGACGCGGCCGCGGUGGCGGCCGUGGCGGUGGUCGCGCACCUGCAGCGCCGGCACCGGCCAAGAAGCAGGUCAGGGCGCUGUAUGCGUAUGCAGCACAGGACGCUGACGAGCUCUCAUUCAACGAAGGCGACAUCAUCGACAUCAUCGACGACUCGGAGGCCGGCGGGUGGUGGCGCGGGUCGAACCGCGGCGCGCAGGGCCUGUUCCCGUCCAACUACGUCGAGCCGUACCGCGGGUAGCAACCCCGCCCCCUCCCCUCUUCAGCUGACUCUGUGAAGCUCUCAAUGAACAAUAGGCAAUGGAGGAAAUGAAGGAAAGCAAAGAG